ACCGCGCACCCUUUCCAUUCUAAUAUACUAUAAAAGAUAAUGACGGGCGUCAAGGAUGAAUCCCAAAUCAAACCUGUCAUUGAGAAAGUUAGAGAGAUGGAGUCAAGGUUUCGAAAAAGAAUGGCGCUGCGAAGAAAGCUUCAUACACUGAGAACCCUUACCAGCUCCAAAUCUGUGAAAAUGAGUUCCAUUGUCAUGGAUGCUUUUCUCUACAUUUACAAGCUGAAACUCAAGCUGGAGGCAAUCAAAAGAGAAUACUUAAAGCUAAUCAACUAUACCCAGGAAGUGAAAGUAGAGAAGAUUAAUGGGAAGGGGUUUCUGGUAAGAGUGAGCUGCAAGAAAGGACAAGAUCUCCUGGUUUCUAUCCUGGAGGCCUUUGAGGACAUGGGUCUUAAUGUUCUGCAAGCCAGGGUUUCCUGCAACCAUGGCUUCGGCAUGGAAGCCAUUGUUGAAGCUGAAGACCAAGCUCUGGACGUGAGAGCUGUGACUGAAGCUGUUCUGAAGGCCAUUGAGAAACCAGGUGGGGAUGAGAAACAUGUAAAAGCUUAGAGAUUCAUGUACCCACUAACUCCAUGUAAACUUCUGUUGAUUAUGAGAUUUAAUUUUCUCAAGUCCAGUGUAGCUCUCACUUCCAUGAAUUCUAUUGUGAAAAUUUAAUUAUCGAAAUGAAAUAUUUGAUUUAAUGAAAGAUGACAA